AUGGCUCAUGUGAUUGGCAAGCGGAAGAGAUUUAAGUUUUGCAUUAACGACCACAUUGACAUACUCAUAGAAAUACUGAAGCGGCUCGACGACCGUUCCCUCGGUGUAGCCGCUUCAGUGUGUCGCCUAUGGUGCUCGGUGACUAGGAAUGACUCGUUGUGGGAGCAUCUGUGCUUCCGCAACGUGUCACCUGUGGCAUCAGGAGUGAGGCCGGUGGUGGUGGCGCUAGGGGGAUACAGGAAGCUGUAUAUGGCGUGCGUGAGGCCGGUGUUGAGUCGGCUUAAACGGAGGAGGGGUGGUGAGGCGGAGAUGGGGAGGCGGGUGUGGAGUAAGCAGGAGAUUGAGCUGUGGUUGUCUUUGUUUUGUGUGGAGUAUUAUGAGAGGUUGAUGUUGGGUGGUGGUGACAAGGCUGCGCCAUCUUCUCUCAUGUUUCUCUGCAAUGCAAUUUAA